UCGAGAAGCACGUCCCUCGUCCGCUUGACUACCUGCACUUGUUCCCAUCGCCUGUCCCUCCACCCAUUGAUUGCCUUGUGAAUAUCGCCCGACGCUAAAAUUUCUCUCUGCUCAGUCUCCUUUUCUCUUCCUUCCACUCUUGUCAGUCUCUCCUUCCAUCUCGAUCCCACCCAUAAUCCCUCUUAAUACCCCCCUCUCGCGCAGAACGACCGCCCACGGGUCUUUCCUCGACUCGUCCGCGCCUCUGCUUCUUUCCAUCCAUUUUCCUGGGCGUCCCAUUUCUCGCGUCCGGAGCCCGCUUGGUGUUUGCUCGCGCUCGCCCUGCGAUCCCGCGCCCGCUCCCCCCCGUCCAGCCACCUCGCCCACCACGGCCUGCGGGACCUCAACCACCGAGAUCGCCUACUGAGAAGCGCCCGCUUCUCCCGCCGGUAUCCUCAUUCGCCAUAGGCCCGUCUCCGCUUGCCGCACGACAUACUCAUCGCCGUCGCCCGGGUCAACUCAAUCAACAUCCACAUUAAGCCGCAGUCGCCGCGAUGGCGCUGUUCGCCUGGGCAUCCCGGCGCGCUGGCGGCCUGCUGCUGAUAGGCCUCAUCCUCCUGAGCUACUACGUCGUCUCGCAUGAGGCCGUCCGGGCACAGCAUGCAUACAAGUAUCAGCAGCAGGACAACGUUAAAGCCGAACCGCUUCUCACCGAGGGCGCCGGCAUCUGGACCUCCAUCUGGGCUUACUACUGCCUCCUCAUCCACGUUCUCGUUUUCAGCUUCUCGAGCCGCAUCAAUUGGUCGCUUUGGGACAUCACCAGGGGCGUUCGCAAGGUCUCGCACAACAAGGCGCUGAAGGACUUCAAGUUCGCACACCGUCGCCGUGGCUCCGCCACUUCGCUUUCCAGCUCCGAGACUCUCACGUCCUCCCGGGCCUCGUCGACCUCGUGCAGCGAAGCUGGCGAUCUCGACAUCGAGUUUUGCACUGACGGCGACGUUGCUCCCGACCACGUCAUCCACGCCAUCAUCAUCCCCAACUACAAGGAGGAGGUCGAUACUCUGAGGGAAACUCUGGAGGUUCUGGCCAGUCAUCCGCAGGCCCGUAACUGCUACGAUGUUUACCUCGCUAUGGAGCAGCGCGAGGCCAAUGUCGAGCUGAAGGCCAUGGGCUUGGUGCAGGAGUUCGUCAAGAAGUUCCGUUCCAUUGACUUCACCAUUCACCCCUCGGACAUUCCCGGCGAGGCUGCCGGCAAGGGCAGCAACGUCGACUGGGCGGCCCGCAAACUCAGCGAGAGAUACCCCCUGUCUGCUCGCAAAGAUGUCCUGGUCACUGGUAUUGAUGCCGAUAGCCACCUCUCCUCCAACUACUUCGCUUUGGCCACCAGCAUGCAUAUUUCCAACCCCGAAACCGCCACAACAACCAUGUACACCGCUCCCAUCAUCUUCGAUCGCAAUGCUCACAACGUUCCCGCCCUCGUCCGCGUUGCCGACAUACUCUGGGCUGCGGGUGGUAUUUCUGGCCUGUACACUGGCUCCACCAUCGCCCCUCCGACUUCUGUUUACACCUGCAACAUGGAAUUGGUCGAUCGCGUUGGCGGUUGGGACGUCGACAAUGAGGCUAUCGGCGAGGAUCUCCACAUGUACCUGAAGUGCUUUUUUGCUCUCAACGGGCACGUCACCACCAAGGUCAUCAUGGCUCCUGUCAGCCAAACCAACGUCACCGGAGGCGGUCAUGGCCAAGGACUUUCCGGACUCUACAAGGACAUCCGCGCUCGCUACAAGCAGGCUGAGCGGCACAUGUGGGGUGCGCUUGACACCGGCUACGGUCUCAGGAAAUGUGUUGAGCUUUUCAAGGAGAGGAAAUACCUGGCGCGCGCCUUCAAGCCUCUGCACACUUCUCUGGAUACCGCCGAUUCGUACGUUCCCCAGGAGGUCGACAAGCUUGACCCUGAGCAGCCUCUUGAAGCUGGCAUCUUUUCCGAUGUGACCCACGACACACUUGAGAAGCCCGACUGGGAGCGCACCUUCUAUCUCCUCCACCGCCUCUUCGAGGCACACUGCCUCCCCGUUCACGCUACGAUCCUCAUUGUUUCCUCGACCCUCUUCCUCUGGCUCACCGAAGGCGCUGCCGACAUUCACGGUAUUGCUUGGAUCUUCCCUGUCUGCAACUGGCUCCGCACCGCCGGAUUUAUGCAGGUUGCUCUCUAUCUCUUCCUUUACGAGAGCUUCCACAGGACCUGCGUCGAGACCCGUGAGAAGGAGAUGUCCGAUGCCGGUCUUGCCAAGGGCAUGAACUUCUCCAAGAGGGAGGUCAAGAGGAAUUACAUCGACUACUUCUUGGUGCCAUUGGUGGCACCAAUUUUCGGGUCGAUCCCAUGCAUGUGGGCACAAAUUUGCCAUUUCUGGACCCUGGACUUAGUAUACACCGUUAGCAUGAAGGCGACAAGGCAACGAGCCAAGUCCAUUGCCUUGGCCGCGAAGGUGUAAACAGGUCACCUUCGCGCGAUUCUCUUUGUCUCUUCAGGUUUUCAUUCGCUUGCACACUUUUUUUCUACUUCUCUAUUGAACACCUUUUUCUCUAAGCCGGGAGCAACCGUUGGAUCGGUCACCCCUUUUGCCUUUUUAAAUCUUCUUUUUCCCACUUCGCUACUUUUGUGAAGACUCGAUUUGAAGACCUUACAAGACGGCCUUUAUUGAUACCUGUUGUUUCACUACGAACCAUUUCUUGAAGAGAGGGGAAUCGCGAGGCUAAGUGUGUAAAUAGAGGAUAUGAUGUUGAUAUGCAUGGCAUGGCAUCGGCAUUUGGCAUCUAGAACUGGGGGGAUUCUGGCCUUGUUUUGCUUGCUUUGGGCUCAAGGAGUUCUCGGAACAAUUACGCGGGCGGGCUACAGAUGAUAUCCUCUCGCAUCAUUCGCUUACAGUUUAUGGGGUUGGCGGCACCAACCUCUGGCACGGGGAGAACGGGGGACACGCACACGGACACGAGGAUGACCUUCCGCAAUGGCCGAGCCGCGGCCGAGGCGGCGGAAGACAGACGGGAGCGGGCGACCUAUGUGUCUGGCGGGGGGCAAGGACUGGCCCUACUAGGCAGGCCAACGUGUCAAGGCCGCCAACCGCAAGCGACCGUCGCAGCGGUUGGGAGGCGCGACGCUCUCGUGUGCAGGGAUGGCGCCCUGCUAAUUACCAGCCCACUAAUAUCUAAUCAAUGUAUCUACAUGAGAUGGCUAGUGGAAAGAGAUGGGAUCAUGACGACGAGCCGAGAUGGUGUGGAGGGCACGCAGAGACAAGAAUUGCGUCUAGCGGCGGGCUGCACUGCACUUCUGUGUCGCGGACGAUGACGCCCAGGGAGGGAAGGACGACUUUUUUGUGGCCGAUGGGGUUGACAAGAUGAGAGGAUGGAGAGCAUCGGGGGGACAUUUGGAAAGACGGACGGAGGUGGUAAGCUGCUAGUCACUCGCUUGACCAAUUCAGAGCCCGACUUGUCCCCGAUUGAGCAUGACAUCACAGCCCUUGGAUAUGCACAUGUUGAUUCGUAGUUUGACUGGAGCCAUCGUCUUGUAUUCCUCGGGGGACGCGCGUCGACGGGUUCACCUUUAUCAUUCGCAUAGCAUCAGGGACAUUUGUACAUAUGAGAUAGGCUAGCAAUUUGU